CUAUCACUCAUUUUCUUCUCUCCCGAUCAAAAAUCUUCUCAUCAAUGGAGAUUCUCUCUUAAAACCUGAAAGUAUCUUCAUACUUACUCAUUUUUCUCUCUUCCUCUCCUGCAUUUCCGCGAAAAGUUGCAGAUUUGUACGUCCCUGGCGUGUUUCUGCAUAUAUUGGUAGUUUGUAUCAUUGUGAUGGGGAGUAGAUUGGGAAGAAGAGUUGUGAACUUCGCAAAUCUUCCGAUUAAACUUCUCAUGCCUUCCUCUUUCUCCAACAUCACUGAGAUCUCCCUCAAAACCAUCCCCUCUGCUUCCAAGAUCGAGAUAAAAAGGGUUUUGGAGUCCCUCUACGGCUUUGAAGUUGAAAAGGUCCAAACCCUUAACAUGGAUGGAAAGAAGAAAAAGAGAGGUGGGCUGUUAAUUGCUAAACCAGACUACAAAAAAGCUUAUGUUACUCUUAGGAAUCCAUUAUCUAUAUCGCCGGACCUUUUCCCUAUCGGAGUGAUCCAAGAGGAAAAGAAGAAUAUGAGCAAGAAAUCUAAGUCUAGCAUUGUUGAGGAUGAUGAACCUAAGAAGAUGCAUUGGCUUGACGAGAAGAAUGAUGGAAGGAAUCGGUCAGAGAUGAGAUUCGGUCGUGGCCGUGACCACCGUAGUGGACAACGUUCAAACGUUGGCCGCGAUCGUGGUGGAGAACGUCGUGAUGUUGGCGCUGCAGCAGCAAAGUUUCCUUGGAGCAGUAUGAGGUCUUAUGCUCCUAGGUAGAUCAUUAUUUUUGCUGUGCCUAGGUAGAUUAUCUUUCUCUUCGGAAUAAUUGAAUUUGUAUCAAUGUAUGCUUGCAUCAUUGGCAUUGUGUUUAGUACAAUUAUAAUCGGAUGUUGCCAGUUUAAUUCCAACAAGUUGCAUGGAGUUUUAUCGGUUUUUCUUAAAGCAAAA